GUUUUGAUUCUGGUACACAGGACUCCUCUCCUAAUAGCGGUAGCCAUCGUCCAAAAUCAAUCCACUGUGGUGAGAAAAGCAAUAUCUUAGGUUAGGAGGGGGAGGAAAAGCAAAAACAGAAAAACUUACAUCGGGAAAGGUCAAUUGGGAGAAGACAAGAGUAGAGAUCUAUUUCGUUUUCGAGUCCUCGCGAUCCCUCGUUGAUCACAGCAAUGGGUCUCUGGGAAGCUUUUCUCAAUUGGCUUAGAAGGAGUUUGAACUUGUGAUCAGCUGUGUACUUGUCUGCAGUGUUGUAAUUAUGAUUCCGAUUCAUGUGGAAUUUUAAUUUGCAAACCAGUUGGCAGCUAAUGUUUGCGUGAUUCAAUCUACCUAAUUCAGUGCACGGAAUGAAGAAUGAAAGAUUCAGGACUGUGUUGUUGCCUGUUGGAUAACCUGCCUUUUCUUCAAGCAAGAAAUGGAGCUCUCACUGAUAGGUCUUCAAAAUGCUGGGAAAACUUCACUAGUAAAUGUUGUCGCUACUGGUGGAUAUAGUGAAGAUAUGAUCCCUACAGUAGGAUUUAAUAUGCGGAAAGUCACUAAAGGCAAUGUUACAAUAAAGUUGUGGGAUCUUGGAGGUCAACCCAGAUUUAGGAGUAUGUGGGAGCGAUACUGCCGUGCUGUUUCUGCUAUUGUGUACGUUGUUGAUGCUGCUGAUCAUGACAACAUCAGUAUCUCCAGAAGUGAACUUCAUGAUCUGUUGAGCAAACCAUCACUCAGUGGCAUUCCUUUGCUGGUGUUGGGGAACAAGAUCGACAAGCCUCAGGCCCUAUCGAAGCAGGCAUUGACUGAUCAAAUGGGUUUAAAAUCGAUUACUGAUAGGGAGGUGUGCUGCUUUAUGAUCUCUUGCAAAAACUCGACCAACAUUGACCAGGUCAUUGAUUGGCUAGUUAAGCAUUCCAAGUCAAAGAGCUGAGUACAGAAAAACUCUUCACUGUACUCUGUUGUGUUGUAGAUUUUUUAAGAAUCGGAUUUUGAGUUUGUCGUUGUCCGUGACCAGAUUGCACAUUCUUCUUUCUGGCCAGACAAGGCUAUGAUGCUUUCUUCGAAGUUGUCUAUGUAUUGUAUAUCAACUCGCAUUUGUCUCUAUUUUCUAAGUUAUGUGACUUGAGAGGAGUUUCUUUGGGCUUUCAUGGGGAUUGGAUUCUCUUCCUCUGUUUGCCUUGGAGUUUGUCUUUGCUCAGUGUUUCUUUUGUUAGUGCAAACUGUGUAUGAGUUUGGUUGUCUGAAUUGUUAGCUUGAUGGACUUGGCGUUGCUAAAA